GCAGCAGCUAUGCGAGACUUUCAUUGUGUUUUGCAACAGGAGCACAGGCAGGAGAGAGGCGAGAUGCGAAGGCUAGAGGUCCUUGCAUGGUCUUGCGCCAUUGCCACGGUGGUGCUAGCUCUCGCGCCGGGUGUGGCUGCGGCCAGCGAAGCAACGCAUGACGUGGACGACGUCAGCCUCGCCGUCUCAAGGAUCGGCACCGCAGCACCGUCGCCGACCAGCAACGUCACGGCGAUCUGCCUGUCGACGCCGUACCCGAGCGCGUGCGAGACGGCGCUCUCGUCGCCGGCGCAGGGCUCGUCCGGCACGGACGACCCGUUCGCGACGUCCGUGCACUACGCGAUGGCCCGGGUCGCGUCGGCGCGCGCUGUGGCGCGGAACCUCUCGGCCGCGCAUCUCCGCGGCGCCCGCCCGCCGCCGGGCGUGCAGGACUGCGCCGAGCUGCUCGACAUCAGCCUCGACCAGCUGGGCGACGCGCUCGCGGCGGCCGCGCGCGACGCGGACGGGGUGACCACGUGGCUGAGCGCCGCGCUGACGAACCAGGCCACGUGCGACGACAGCCUCGCGGCCGACCCGGACUCCGCGGGGCGCGGGGCCAUCCGCGCGCGCCUCUCCGCGCUCACCCAGUUCAUCGCCACGGCGCUGGCUCUGCACGUCAACAAGUCCAAGGCUCACCACAGCGGCGGCGGCUCACCGUCGUCAGGCUCGCUGCCGACUCCAGCAUCGCCGUUCCCGUCCUGGGUAACCCAGCAGGACAGGAAACUCCUGGAGUCGUCCCACGCGGGAGCCAGUGGCGGCCUCGCGGUGGACGCUGUGGUGGCGCUGGACGGCAGCGGGACGCACCGGACCAUUAACGAGGCGAUCGCGGCCGUGACGACGACCGCGGCGAACGGCGGCGGCGCGAGGAAGGUGAUACACGUGAAGGCCGGGCGGUACGAGGAGAGCGUGACCGUCUCCAGCAAGCAGAAGAACGUGAUGCUUAUGGGCGACGGCAAGGGAAAGAGCGUCAUCGUCGGACACAAGAGCGCCGGCGAAGGUUACACCACCUACGCCUCCGCCACCGUCGCUGCGAUGGGCUCGGGCUUCAUCGCCAAGGGCCUCACCAUCGUGAACAGCGCCGGGCCAGGGAAGGGGCAGGCCGUGGCGCUGCGCGUCGGCGGCGACCUCUCCGUGGUGUACCAGUGCGCCAUCCAGGCGUACCAGGACACGCUCUACGUGCACUCCGGCCGCCAGUUCUACGCCGACGACGACAUCGCCGGCACGGUGGACUUCAUCUUCGGCAACGCCGCCGUGGUGCUCCAGAGCUGCGACAUCCAGGCCCGGAGGCCGAGCCCCGGGCAGAAGGACACGGUGACGGCGCAGGGCCGCACCGACCCCAACCAGAACUCCGGCAUCUCCAUCCACCGCUGCAGGAUCACCGGCGCGCCGGACCUCGGCGGCACGCCGGUGUACCUGGGCCGUCCGUGGCAGAGGUACUCGCGGACGGUCGUCAUGGAGAGCUUCCUCGACCGCUCGGUCUCGCCGGCCGGGUGGCUCGAGUGGUCGGGCCAGUUCGCUCUGAGCACGUUGUACUACGGGGAGUACGGCAAUACCGGGCCUGGUGCCGGAACGAGUCGGCGAGUGACGUGGACUGGGGUGCACACGUCACUGUCCAAGUCAGAUGCCGCGAGGUUUACCGUGGCGGAAUUCAUCCUCGGAGACGAAUGGUUGGGUGGCACUGGAGUCAACUAUAUUUCAGGACUGUGAGGUGAAUGUCUCGCCUCCUUGUCCGUAUAUGUGUACGUAAUUCAGUGAUUUUAAUAAUAACUAAAUAAAAGAUUCCUGGGU